CGGGGAUGGGGCGGCCGCUGCCUCAGCAGUGUGCGGGCAACCCCUGGCACCGUCGGUAGGGGUAGAGCGGUGCGGCUCUGCCGCUCUGGGCCCCUGGGGGCGGCAAGGCGAUUGUCCUCCGCCUUCUCUCCCCGCGGGGAGGCUCCGCUCGUCUUCCUCCUGCUCCCGGGAGAGUCGCGCGGCCGUGCCGUCUUGAGGGGCCCUGGGCUGCGGUGGGAGCCGCGGGCCCGGCUGCUCCCCAGGGUUCAGUGGCUGGGGCAGCCGUGCCCCCGCCUUCUUUUGUUGCCGCCUCACUCCCCGCAGCGCUCGGGUGGGACCGGGCUGGAGCUGGCGCCUCACCCGGGGCUGUGCCCGCACCGGUCCCUCCGAAACGCGCCCCCCGCCGGGGAGGGGUUUUGUGCCGUUCGUGGCCGUGACUGGUUCGGAGGAAGGGGAAUGUCAGCCUGAUGAGUCUCUGGAUUCAUUAGCCUGAAUCUACAGCUGCCUCUCAUUCUCUGUGCCUCUCUCCUCUCAGCCUCGUUAAAUGGUCCUUUUAGGUGGUGUUGGUUCCCUCCCCUGCGUGCCUUUUCGUUCGCGCAAACCGCGCGCUUUUUGCAGGGGGGGAUGUGUUGGCCAGCACUCAGCCUCUCUGUACAAAACCCUAAGUUGCGCCAAGUCAACGUAGCCAUCUGUUGGGAAUCACAUACAAAGUUUUCUAGAAAUCCCCAGGCUGUAGUAUCCAAAGAUACUCAGACUCUCGAAUUUGUUUAAAGAAAGUCAGAAGUAGCAGGUCUUCCUAAUUUAAACUUUGGUUUUUUUAUUCAAGCAUAAGCCCUGAAAGUUAAAAAAUAAAUAAAUAAAUAAAGGGACUAUCAAGACAUCGUGUUUAAAAAAGUCAUGAUUUUCCUAAAGAAUACUUCUAAGACUGUUGAUUCACCAGCAGUCCUUCGGUCCUGGUGAAUGCAAGGAUGUUUUUCUUUGUUUCCUUGUUUAUUUUGGGAGGGUUGGUUAAUUUUUUUUGUUGGUCUAGCACUUAGACAAUAAGAUGUGAACAAAGGAGACAGAAAAGACAGAGGCAGAAUGUGGAUGCCUCUGCCAUUAAGUAUGUCAAAGAUAUUUAGUAUGUGUAUGUUCUGCCUGCUUAGGGAGUUUGCAGCUUAGUUUUACAAUACUUGUUUCAUUUCAACUCUGACAGAUAGUUUAUGUUUCUUUAGUCCAGUGAUGAGGACCUUUGUGACAUUGGGCUGCUUCUGGCGUGACAGGACUCUGAGACUUGUAGCUCCAUGUUGCCAUCUUUUCUGGAAGACCUUUGAAAUCUUUGUUACCGUAUAAUCAGAAUUGUUUUUUUUUUUUUUCUAGUCAUCACUUUGCAUUUCUGCACAAACUGUAAAGCUAUGCAGUUUGCAUUUGCAGUUUCCCCCCAGCUUCUUGUACUUCUCCUUAAUGGCAGAGAGCAGGAAACUGAGAAGUUCUUGACUUAGCCUAAGCACUGCUUAGCAACAACCAACAUAUCAAUGUGUUAUCAGCAUUAUUGUCACACUAAAUCCAAAACAGAGCACUAUCCCAGCUGAAACCAGGACAGUGCUGUAUGUCAUGUUUUUGUAAAUCAAGCUUCUCAAAGUGGUGGUAGGGUAGCUAUCUAGAAUGUGUACAAAUCCUAGAUUAUUGCCAUUCCUGUUUCUUUUGUACUUCGAGCAUGUAAUAGUUCAUCUUUCUGCAUUAAAGAGUAAUAUCCCGGAGACCAUCUAGCAGUGUCAGAAAACUGAAUAUCCCAAACCUCAGGUUUAGUUAGAUAGUAAGGCUUUAUAGUUAAUAUAUCAGAAAGGUACACAGUGCCACAGUGGAUUUGAGCCAUCCCUGGGAAUAAGUACACUGUUAAAACAAUUGGCUAACACCCAUUUAUAUUAAUAAGAUGGGAAUCGUCCUUAAUGAGGCCAUGUACUUUUAAAAAGGAAAGAGUUAGAAAAGGCAAAAUGUCCUUUGCUAUUGGAAGUUAGUAGUUAUGUGUUUUAAAACAGAUAGGUUUUGCUGAUGUUUCACUGGGAAAUUCAGGGCUUGUAUCAGACCUGUUCAAGCAAAAAUUAAAAAAAGUCUAAAAUAAAACUUUACCUAAUAAAGGAAUUGGAUGCCAGUAGUUUCCAAGUUAGUAUUGUAGUACUUAAAGGUCAUGUCCUUAGCUUAUAGCAUAAAAUCCAAAACCAAGAUUAGACACUUCACGAAGAGUGGCUAGGGAGAUCAGUCAGGUGGUGGAAAGCACUGGCACAAGGAGCAGUGAGGCUGACCCACAGGGUAACCUGACAUCUGUGUGUUUUAACUCUCAGCCUUUUCUGGGGCUAAGGACAAAGCUUGCCUGUCUGCAUCUUCUGUGUUCAUGUAGAACUAUAUUUAGAAGAUGAUGAAAAUUUGAUUUGAAAACCGAGGUGUUGUUUUUUUCCCUGUGUUUGUGCCCAUAUCGACCUGCUGUACUAACUUUGAGAAAUUUAGGGAGGGCCAAGGUAACUAGAGAUACCAUAUGAGUCUCUAAAAUCUUGUGGUUCCCUGUUAUUGGGAAUGACCAGAACCUUUUUCACAUAGCUGGGGCUAAGUAAAGGACUUAGCCAGUAUAUACCUUGAGAUUAAAAGUCUACUGUUUAAGUAUCUUAAGAGAAAAUUAAGUAUCUACUGGUACUUUCAAGAGUUUAGUUUGAUGUAUCCAACUGGCGAGUACUUAGGAAAGUUUGACCCAUUUUCCCAUAGUCAGCAAAGUACUUGAGUGUUCGCUUAAGUAUUACUUAAAACCAAACCUGAAAUUCUACUGAUUUCAGUGGAGAUAAGUGUGACCUUGUAAACAGAGAUUUAAUGUCCUGGUAGUGACAAGUCAGAAAUACUGUCAUUCUGGUGAAACUUAUGUUGUACCUGAGUACUCUAUGUGAUUCUUUAUACCUGGAAGAUGAACUCAGGAUGGAUACCUCUGUAUCUUUCACACACACUCCCCACCUUGAAAACAGGUAAGUGCAAAUGUACGUGUUUCUAAAGCCAGUAUGAAGAUACGAGUACUUGAUCAUUCCCCAGUAACCAGGAAUCACUAUGUAUUUAUCAGUCCAGAAUAAUUGCCUUGUAAAUGGUGAAGAUUAUAAAAGUGUUCUAAAUUUGUUCUGUGUGCAGGUAACUUUCCUGAAGAAUUUACUUCCUCAGUGACUUAUCAAAAGGUUUAAAAAAACCUCACAGCCAAAGACUUUACACAAGAUAAACUUAGAAUUUCAUGCAUAAGUCAAGAAAUUCAGUUACAAUAAUAACAGUAAAGCACUACUGCUGUAAUUUGUGUUUGAAAAGCUCAGCAAGUACCAAAUAAAUUGAUUUACUGACAGAGAAGUAAAUAUGAUUCUGCUUUCUUGAUAUCUUUUUGUAAUAAGCUUAUAAUAAUCAAGGUUAAGGGAUAUGCUUAAAGAUCAGAUAAAAGGUCUCAGAAAAAAAUUAUGUAAUUUUAGCAGGUACAGUGCUGUGUUCUGGUAUGAAUCUGAUUUUCUAAAUCGACAACAUUUUUUUCAUUACUGGUCAUGUCAAGUUAGGGGUCUGCAUUAAAGCACUACAUUACAUUAUUUUUUUGAACAAUUCCCUUUUCUCAAAACCAACUAGAAUUUUAUUUUCAGAAGGGUAGAAUAUUUCACACAUCCUAAACAGCAACAUGCAGCUUCCUGCUUGAGUCUGAGGAGUCCGUCCAAAGUGCUGGGUAGCUGCAUAGCAGAACUGGGGACUGGUGUAUGCUAAUACAUGCUCAUCCUAUGCAAUUGAUUUCCUCUUGGGACUUGGUUUUGCAUAUUUGCUAGCUAGUAAUCAUUUGAAGUAAGUGGCUUGACAGUGAGAAUGGUAUUGUAAUGACGAAAAGUAGUAAAGCAGUUUUCUAAAUGCAGCAUUUUAAAAAAUACUUGAUGGCAGCAUGCUUGCAUGUUGGAUAUGAGAAGAUGUUGCUUGACAUGGAAAAUUGCAAGUGAGCCACUUACUGACAGUCAGUCAUGCAUACGAGAUGAAUAACAAUAUCUACACUACAUUAUCCCCCAAAUGGAGAGUUGUUGUGUUGUGCUGAUGUGUAUGUUUUAACCAAGUUUAGGGAGAAUAACGGGAGAAAAAAUGCUUAGUAAGUUAAGAAUCCUGUGUAGCUUGGGGAGGGGGUUGGGGGGGUAAGAGUUAAGUCCAUCAGUCAGUAGCAAUUGAAUAUAUAGUUUGCAAGCCAUUUGCCUUCAGGUGGACAAAUGUCUAUACUGCAUGAACAGUGAACAAACACAGCAGCUUGAAACUGUAUGGACUGUAUGGUAAGUCCCUGGCCUGCUUGGUUUAAAGCCUUCUAAACCUAUGUACCUAUAAGACGGUACAAAUGAUUGUUCAAAAUAAUCCUAAAUUGGACCCAUUACCAAGCAAUCUGUGACCAUGAAUCAUUUUUGAUUCUCAGUUUCUGCUUUCAGGUUUUGGUUGUUUUGGGGGGCUGUUUGUUUUUUGGUUUUGUUUUUUGUAAUACAGUCUAUGAUGUUACUGCAGUGAUGUUCAUUACUGCAUUAAUAGUCCCCUGUUUUCUCCCACUCAGGCUGUCCAUCUCUGUUCAGAGUUUCACACAAUCUGUCAGGUGUAUUUAUGGGGUUUAGUGUUCUCUUCAGCAUCAGGGGCAGGACCAGCUGUUGCUGCGGGCAGAGAACUGAAUGAACUUUACAGCUGCCAUUGCAUCUGACAUGUUUUGCAGUGUAAGAAGGACAGAGCUGCAUGUAGUGACUUAUUCUUAAAUCUGUUUACUGUUAAAAUAUCUCUCAUGCAUGACAUUUGUUUGAGCUAGUAAUUUUAUGACAUUAAACAGGAUUGCUUCAGUUAUUUUAUUUCUGAUUAAGAUAAGUCGGAAGAGCUUCUAAAAUUUCCAUUUUCCAUAUUAAUCUACUUUUUUAUGGAAAUGGUGUCUCAUUUAAAAUGUGUCUCAGAAAUUUCAGUCUCCUACACACUUGAUGAUUUUGAAGUAAUGAUAUAACAAUUUCAGCUUCUUUUGGAAGUAAUGUAGUAUUCAAACUGAAAUGUGUAUGUCAAAUUUCAGUCCUAAGCAAAUCCUGACUGGCAAAACUCUCAAGAGUUGAAGGAAAAUACCUGUAUUUUUGUAAUGGAAAUAUCAAAUCAACUAUAACAGUUCAUGACAUGGAUAUAUUAAUGGUUGUGUUAUUCAUAGGACAUUAGAGACGGUAUCUGUGGCUACUUUAUAUUCAGAGUCUAAGAGAAUGGUUUUCUUUUAUCAAAUAAACAGUCAGCUCAAAAUAUGUAUUCCUUAAAUGAUGACUUAGGAGUCAAGUUGCUAAAUGAAAAUAUAUAGUGUAUACCUUGGAGAUUUAUGUUGUUUGCUCUUUUUCUCUUAGGAAGCCUGACAAAUAGAAAAAUACUACAAGUGAAGAGAAAAUUCACUUCACGAGAACUGAACUCUGCUUUCAUUGGCUUCUAAAUUUAUUUAUAUUAAUAGCUGACUAGUGUCAGAUCAUCUCUGUGGUCUGCUGUGGUGAAAUUAUUAGGUUAAAGCUGGAAAAGAUGAAACAAUUAAAAAGAAAAAGGAAAAGCAAUUUUAGUGUUCAGGAAACUCAAACUCUCCUUAAGGAAAUCAGAAAAAGGAGAGAAGUACUCUUUUCAAAGCAACUUAAUACAACAAUUAAUGAGAUGAAACGGAAAGCUUGGGAGGAAAUAGCAGAGUGUGUCAAUGCUGUAGGUGAAGGAGAGCAAAGAACAGGGACAGAAGUGAAAAGGCGAUACCUUGACUGGAGAGCACUCAUGAAGAGAAAACGUCUGAAUGCAAACAUCAAAGUAGUAGGUGCUGGGUUUCACCUUCCUUCAUCCAAUUUAGAUGACUCUCUCAAUGAAGACAUGGAUGAGAAAAUGGGAUUUGCAAUUGAAUCUAGUUUUGAAUGGCAAAAUAUCACUGACUUCAGAGAAGCCGGUGGAUCUUUAACUGAAAUCAAAGUAGAAGAGGAAGAGGAGGAUCCGCAGAAUUUCGAAUUUCCUAUUGAGGAAGAAGAAGAAAUAUUGUCAUCAGUUUUGCCAGAUUCGAAAAAGGAAAAUGACCUACCAGACUUCCCCCACAUUGAAGAGUUUGGAAAUCUAAGCUCUGCUCAAGCUAGGCUAGCCUAUGAAGAUUCUCAUUUGCUUAUAAAUCUGGAGAAGCAAAAGCUGGAUCUGGAGAAACAGCGACUAGACAUUGAAGCCGAAAGGUUGCAAGUAGAGAAGGAGCGCCUGCAAAUUGAAAAGGAACGGUUGCGGCACGUUGACUUGGAGCGCGAGAGGCUUCAGAUUGAGAAGGAGCGACUUCAGAUUGAAUGGGAGAAGCUCAGGCUGGAGACUCUGCAAUCCGAAAAACCUGCCCUGGAAAAUGACCUCACCCCAACAGAAAAACCCAUCAUACAGCCUCUGGAUCUAGAAACUGAGAAGUUAAAACUUGAAAAAGAACGUUUACAGUUAGAGAAAGAGAGGCUGCAGUUUCUCAAGUUUGAGUCAGAGAAGCUGCAGAUUGAGAAGGAACGCUUGCAAGUGGAGAAGGAGCGCCUUCGAAUUCAGAGAGAGGGUCACUUGCAGUGAACUUCUCAACUAAAGUGUCAACAUUAGUGUUUUGAUGUUUCUAAAAUAGAGGUAGUUCUUUUCUUAAUACUGAAACUGUCCUAGAGGCUAAACAUUUUUCUGUUCAGAGUUGAACAUUAUGUUAAACUGAAAAAAAAUGGUGCUCAAUAUAUCCGUGUGCCUGCAUAAGUGAGCUAAUGUGUGAAAUUGCUUUUCAGUGUAUCAGAACUAAGUGUUAUGUUCUCUUGUCUCCAGUAUUGUGCUGUAUUAGUUUGGUGUCCUCCUCUUGUAGACAUGUUGGGGAGAAUCAGGGCUGAACCUUAUGCUGUUUUUCACUGUAGUAACAGUAAGGAAGGAUUGGAAUAAAUCAACAUAUGUUGUGAGGACAUGGUGCUGACAAUUUCCCAUAUGGUAAUGAAGUAUAAUUUAGGCAGAACAGAGUAAUACAGAGUCAUGAUGAGAUUGAUUCAUUAAACUUAGUUUCCCCUUUUUUGUUUUUUGUUUUUUUUUUCCUGCCCCCACAAUUGGAAAAAGAGUUGAAGAGUUUUAUAGAAGUUAAAGUGCAAGUUAAAUUUGUUGCAGUUGUUUUUACUGUUGUUCCAUGGCUUGAACUGAAUGAGAGUGCAGAAUAUAAUAUUGUUUCUUUUGCAUUAAGUAUUCAUACUAGAUAAAGUUACACAUCAACCAUACCUACUAUGAACUAGAUGUUUGGUUUCACCAGGUCCUUAAUAAUGCUAUAUGGAAUAUAGCACCUGUCUUAGUGUAGCACAGGGAUUUACUGAUUGAUCAGGCAUGCUGUCUGGUGAGUCUGUGAUGACCCACUGAAGGAAAUACCUGGUUUGUUCGCUGAAAGACAGUAGCUGGUGAUGGGAGUCUCAGGAGUGGAGACACACAGGCUGAGCAGAGGCUAAGGAGCACUGAGCUUGAACAUGAACAUACUCGUUGCUGGUUCUGCCUGGCCAGCACUGAGGUCAUGUCUGCAAGGCAGCAAGAAGAGGCUUCUGUGACUGACACCAUAUAGUAUAUUUUAACUAGACAAACAGAAAUAAUCCGUGCUGAAGGCUGUCGAUAUUUUUCAUAAGAAAUGUAUUCAUUUAACAAAAAAAACAUCAAGGAAGGAAGCUUUCCAUUAUUUCAUAUAUGUUUAAAUCCAAACUGAGCCAGACUUCACAUUUCUCAUCUUUCUCCAAGUAGCUAUCUUUUGUUCACUCCAUUUGAAACUUAGGACUUUGAGAAUACUAAGUCUAAAUAUAUGUUGAGUGACUUACGUGAAUUCUUGUGCAAGUAAAUAUAUUUAUACCACUACAGGUUUACUCUUAUUCUGCAAAGAAAAUGUUAUUUUUUUAUUACUGAAACAAGUGUGCUUCUACAGUGGAAAUAAAUUUGACUACUACACUCCAAAA